AUGGCUCGAAAGGUUACAAUUUGGGGCGCGGAGCAGAACCUGGCUGCGCUUCAGGCGAUGUACGAGUGGAUGAACCUGUCAAAGCAGGAUAUAAUCAAGAUCGCACUGGCUUGCCGGACCAAAGGCUAUCAUUUCUCAGGCUCAGCUCUAGCUCAGCACCUCCAGAAGCUCCGGCGCAAGGACACCGCCGCCAACGACGGUCCUGCCGAGGGAUCCAGCGCCAAUGCCCCUGAGACCCCCGCCAAGGCCCGUGGUGGCAAGGCCGCGGCCAAAAAAACUCCCGGUUCCAACAAGCGCAAGGGUCAGGCCGCCGCUGCUGGUGACAACGGAACCGACAAUGAGGAGGCCGAUCCCACCCCCGCCCCCAAGAAGCGUCGCGGUGUGAAGAAGGAGGCCCCCAAGUCUGACACGAUUGUCAAGAAGGAGGACUCGGAGGAUGACCAGGAUUCGUAUGGUCAGCCCCGCGCUGCCACGACGGUGUACUCGGCUGAUGCCUCGCGCCAUGUGGGCAUUGGUUACGCCGGCUAAGUUGUGUCGUUCUGACGCGACACACUUGACAACGUCAUCUAUUUGCGAUCAAGUGUUUUUCCCUUUUACCUCGCCAGCUUUUCUUUUUCUUUUUCUUCUAUUCCUUCGACUUGUUUAACUGGCGUUCGGGCAUUAGGUGGGGGAUAGGGAAGGGGGGGAUAAAGGCGUAAGGGGGACUCGGUGGGGUUUUCUUUCAUGGAGGUCUAUCCGCAUAGGGGGAGGCGUCAUGGGUUUUCUUUUCUGCCUUUUUUUUCUUUUUUUCUUUUUCUCUCCCUCUCUCUCUCUUGCUGGGUUUUUUCACUCGCCGACUUGGGGUCAAGGGAUAUUAUGGGAGGGAAAAAGGAUGGAUGGUUGGGUGGGGGGAGUUUACGGGAUUUGUUUUCCGUUGAGUUUGUUGGGGGUGGUUAUAUCGCACAAUACCAAAGGGAUGUU